GCGGCCGCCGCCGCGAUGUCGGCGCAGAGCUUGCUGAGCAGCGUCUUCUCCUGCUCCUCGCCGGCCGCCGCCGCCCCCGCCGCCAAGAGCCUCUCCAAGCGGCGGCUCCGGCAGACCCGCAGCCUCGACCCCGCCAUCAUCGGCGGCGGCGGCCGCGAAGAGGGCGAGGGCGCGGGCCGGACGCCGCGGGCGCGGGCCGCCGGCAGCCCCCCGGCGGAGCGGGACGCCCCGCCGCCGCCCGGCGCCUCGCUCUCCACGCCCUGCACGCCGCUGGAACGGUCGCCGCCGGGCAGCGGCCUCUUCGACGGCGAGACCCCCCGCGGCAAGCGCAGCCCCGGCCGGGAGCUGCCAUUCCUGGCGCGCACGCCCUCGGCCUCGGCGCUGAGCGGCCCCGCCGGCGCCGCCAACAGCAUCUUCUCCUCGCCGCGCCGCUGGCUGCAGCAGCGCAAAGGGCAGCCCUCGCCGCUCGGCCCGCGCCCCGCCGCCUACGUCGUGUGGAAAUCCGAGGGUGAUUUCACUUGGAACAGCAUGUCAGGGCGCAGCGUUCGGCUGAAGUCAGUUCCCGUCCAAAGCCUCUCCGAGCUGGAGCGAGCUCGACUACAGGAAGUGGCUUUUUAUCAGUUGCAGCAGGAUUGUGACCUGGGCUGUCAGAUUACUAUCCCCAAAGAUGGUCAAAAGAGGAAGAAAUCAUUAAGAAAGAAACUGGACUCCUUAGGGAAGGAGAAGAACAGAGACAAAGAAUUUACUCCCCAGGCUUUUGGAAUGCCUUUGUCCCAGGUGAUUGCUAAUGACCGGGCCUACAAACUCAAGCAAGACUCUCAGAGGGAAGAGCAAAAAGAUGUUUCAGAUUUUGUGGCCUUUCUCUUACCAUUUGGAUCUAAAAGACAGAACAAAGAACUUUCAAGCAGUAACUCAUCUCUUAGCUCAACCUCAGAAACACCAAAUGAAUCCACUUCUCCUAACACACCAGAGCCAGCACCACGAGCAAGGAGGCGUGGCGCAAUGUCUGUGGACUCUAUUACAGAUCUUGAUGACAAUCAGUCACGACUGUUAGAAGCUCUUCAGCUCUCUUUGCCAGCAGAAGCUCAAAGCAAGAAAGAAAAGGCAAGAGAUAAGAAACUGAGCCUGAACCCUAUUUACAGGCAGGUUCCUCGGCUUGUAGAUAGUUGCUGCCAGCACUUGGAAAAGCAUGGUCUCCAGACAGUGGGAAUAUUCAGAGUUGGAAGCUCAAAAAAGAGAGUAAGACAGUUACGUGAAGAGUUUGACCGAGGCAUAGAUGUUGUGUUAGAUGAAGAGCACAGCGUUCAUGACGUUGCUGCUUUAUUAAAGGAAUUUCUACGUGACAUGCCUGACCCACUUCUCACCAGAGAACUUUAUACACCUUUCAUCAACACUCUCUUAUUAGAGCCAGAUGAACAGCUAAGCACCUUACAGCUUCUCAUUUAUCUCCUACCUCCCUGUAACUGCGAUACCCUACACCGACUGCUGCAGUUCCUCUCCACAGUGGCAGGCCACGCAGAAGACACCACAGAUAAAGAUGGCCAAGAGAUUACUGGGAACAAAAUGACAUCACUCAACCUGGCUACUAUCUUUGGCCCUAACCUGUUGCACAAGCAGAAAUCUACAGACAAAGAAUUCACUGUUCAGAGUUCAGCUCGAGCUGAAGAGAGUACCGCUAUCAUAGCUGUUGUACAAAAGAUGAUUGAAAACUAUGAAGCCCUUUUCAUGGUUUCCCCUGACCUACAGAAUGAAGUGCUUAUUAGCCUGUUAGAGACUGACCCAGAUGUUGUGGACUAUUUGUUGAGGAGGAAAGCUUCCCAGUCAUCAAGCCCUGAGAUGCUGCGGUCGGAAGGCUCCUACUCCAUGGGCGGAAGACAUUCUUCCACAGACUCCAACAAAGCUUCAAGCGGAGAUGUCUCCCCGUACGACAACAACUCCCCGGUACUGUCUGAACGCUCACUGGUGGCGACGCAAGAAGAGGUUGCCCUCAGUCCAGACAAGCUGUACAAGGUACCUGAACAGUACACUCUGGUUCAUCAUUUGCAGCCUAAGACAAAAGAGAAUUCUUCUGCAUCACAGGCUGGAAAAGAUGUUUCAGAGGAUCAUUUUGAUAUCUGGGGUACCUGGCAUUCAACGCUGAAAAGUGGCUGCAAAGAUCCAGCAAUGACAGGUUCUUAUGGAAAUAUUUACGAAAGUAGCUUGCUGCGACCCGGACAGUGCUCUCUUUCCCAAGGGAACCUCUCCAUGUAUUCUCCUCAGUGGCAGGGCAGCUCCUCCGAAUUGGACAGUGGCAGGCAGGUCAUGCGAAGGAGUCAAACCACAGCUGCCAUUCCCGAGUGUAAGCUCCAUCCCACGGUGUCUCGGGUGUGCAGUAACCCGCAGAUCAACACGGGCAGCAGGAGUUCAGACCAGUCACCUUCAAAAACUGAGCGGCAUUUGACUUUAAGCAGUGCAGAGGACCUCACUGGGCAUGGCUCGAAGCCCGGCUGUUUGCAAAGCUCAGCCAAGGCCUCCUACAGAAAAGAGAGGCCGCCCCCGCCGUACCCCGGCCCAGCCAAAACCAGCACUGCACCGUCGCAGCGACCGAGCGUCUCCUCCACGCUGCACUCCUUGUGGAGGCAUCAGAGACCGGGCAAAGGUUCAGGGACCAGAGCGGCGGGAGGGCCAGCAGCCCUGGCACCUGCCGCGGCCACACCCCGGCGGGAACAGCUGGCCCCGCAGACCCCGGUGGCUAAUGUCUAUUCCACGGCAGCUCAUACGCAGAACAGUAAAAACGUCUCCGAGCCAGACUGGCAUGACUGGCAAAGAGAGAGGUGGCAAAUCUGGGAGCUUUUAUCCGCCGAUAACCCUGACGCCCUCCCAGAAACCCUCGUAUGAUCAGACUCUGCAGAACUGCUGGUCGAACAUACGCCUCCCUCUCAUAGGAAAACAACAGUGACAUUGGAAAACAGGGGAGCUGGCUUGUUUUAUACCAACUAAAUUACAUAUAAUUUUUUUUUAACUUUGUUCACUUUAGUUUCUUAACAGCACUGUCCAGCAGUCCAUUUACAAAUACAGUACGUUCCUGUUUUGCAGCAAGCUUUUAAGAGAGAAAAACAAGAUGAAAAUUUUAGUCUAAUAACUCUGUAUGCGUACGCUGUGUAUAAGAUAAAACUAUUGCUUUGAUGUUGCUGAAAGUGUAUUUAUCUAUCUGCAGGUCUGAUGGUUGUAUAUUCUGUAAUGGGUAUUGUAUGAUAAUCAUAUUAUGUUUUCAUAUGCAGAUGUCAAUCAAUCAUGACUGCUUUUUUUUUUUAAAUCACUGCACUUACGUUACCAUGAUAUGCAUUGGAAUUCUAUAGAAAGUGCACAAGCUGGUUUCUGUGCUUAUAAAAAAAAACUGUUAAAGGGGGAAGUUGUCCUUCUUUUCACUGCCUAUGGAAAAACACUAAAAUAGAGUGGAAUGUGAAAAGCCAUAUAUUUUAUAAGGGUAGCAGUGAGCUAGGGGGGAAAAUACCAAAUAUUUUUUCUUAUAAAGAAUUAAAAUUUGAUACAAGAUUGUAAAAAUAUUUUUUUAGAUUCUGACAGGAAGCAAUUCAGAGAGUCAGUUAAGAGCGAGGCCGUGCCUAAACCAACUAAAAGAUGUAGUGCAAAGAUCUGCCAUCCCAGUCUAGAAGAACAGCAAUUUUACAUAUACAGGAUAUAAUAUAUAUAUUUAUAAAUGUAUGAUUUUAUGUAUUGUUCUAAAAGAAUAAACUGGAAUCCAAAUUAGAAAUCCAAUUUUAGAAAAUCAAACCCAAUAAAUUGAGUUGUGUAAUAACUGAGAAGGAAUAUGGCUUUUCCUUUAAAAUAACAGAGCUUCAGCAUUAAGAAAGUUAGACAAAGCAGAAAGAAAAACUUUAAAGACAGAAGUAUACUUACAAAAGAGAGUCAAACAGAAUUUCAGAAAUGAAUGUGACAUUUGGAGAAGUUCACAGCUGCAUUUCUAUAAAUAUUGUGCCAAAGUCUGAGGAAAUAAUUGUACUUCUUCAAUAACUGUAUGUUGCAUUGUUAAAGGUUGAUGUUGCACACAUUCUGGUGUUUUUAAAUUGCAAAAAUGUUUAUGGCCAGCAGGUGGCAAUGUACUUCAGUAUUCUAGGAGAAUUCUUUUUAUCACUUGAUAAGGGAAAGUGUAUCAUAUCAAAAAUUUUUAUAAAACAUACUAGUCUUAAUGGAGUUGAGGACUUAUUCAGUGAUGUUGUCUUUAAGUUCUAUCUUGUGCCGUAAUGAUGGAAUAAAAAGCUAAGCAAAAUAAUGAGCA